UUUACCAUAGGCGGAAUUCCGAGAUUUCCCCAGCAUGGAUGGAUACGGAUAUAGCAACAGCUCUUUACGUACGUCAGAAUGUCACUGAGACUACAUCCAACCCAAAUCUUGAUGUAAUUGCAACCAGUCCAGACCUUCAAUGGUUUCUGCAGUCCUCUUUACUUUCCCAAUCAGAGACCACCUUGGAAACACCAUUCCCAGUGAUACCGUCCACCAUGCCAAACUGUUCCUGUUUGUCACAGAGUUCCAGUUCUGACCUGUCCAGUGUAGGAGCAGUGGGGGACAGUGCAGAAGGACACCCUCAUAUACAUAUGUCCUUUGAGGAGCUAGAAAGGAUGAGGAUCCGCAGGGAAAGGAACAGAGUAGCAGCUGCAAGAUGUCGGGAUCGUCGGCGUGAGCUUCUAGACACAUUACAGAAUGAAUCAGAUCAUUUGGAACAAGAAAAGACACAACUGGAGGAAGAGAUCGCUGCACUUGAAAGGGAGAGAGAAAAACUAGAGUUAGUCUUUGAGGCACAUAAGCCCAUUUGCAAGUUCAAUGAUCUAAACCCAGAAUAAACAUGAAUGCUGGUCAUGUUUUGUGCUGAGUCUGCUGGUUCAGACCAGCCUUUUAUAACAAA